UGUCUGCAGAACAUUUUAGUUUUAGAACAUUAUUGAUUCAUUUCAUUUUCAUUUUGGUUUCGGCUAUGGAGUUGUAACGGCAAAAUUUCCGUUCGACGAUGGAUCACACCGGAUGGCCCCAGCCGCCUCAAAACCCUAACCCUACUGUUCAUACCAAUUACAAUUAUUCGUACGCCCCAGGAUACUCCGCCGGAACUUUUCACAAUCUCAAUGCUGUCGAUCCCUACCAAUUGCCUAACAUGUAUCCCCCUCCUGCCGGAUAUUUUCAGCCUCAGCCGCCGCCACUUCCGCAGCCGCAGCCGCCGGGGGUUGAUCCGCCGCCGUUUGUGCCACCGGUGGUAAACGCGACGUACGUUGAGCCAACCGUCACUUAUGUGCCUCAGCCGAGUGCUAUUGCACCGGCGGUGGCUACCUAUCCCGAAGCAGACGUAAACGCGGCGAGGUGGGCGGCUUCUGUCAGAAUGUAUGGCUCCGCACCUCCUGUCGCUGGUGUUGCGGCGCCCACUCCCACAGUUCAGACUCCUCAAGGAAGAAGUAAUACCAAGAAAAAAGGACACAAGAAAGUGAAGGCUGUGGAGUCUGCCACAUGUGAAGUCUGCAAGGUUGAUUGUAACAGCAAGGAUGUUCUUGAUCAACAUAAAUUGGGAAAGAAACACAAGAAGAAUCUUGAAAAAUUGAGACGAGCUGGCGUUGUAGCAUCUGCACCUGCUUUCAAAGUAACUUCCCGAACAGCCAUUGCAGGCAGCCUGGCUUCCACACCUGCUACUGUCUCAUUAUCUUCCCAAACUACAGUUACUUCCCAACCCAUUGAACCAUCUACCCUGAAUGCUGCUGCCACAACUACUUUGCCCACUCGUAAUUCUGCUCCUGUAUCUGUCACAGCCACUUUGCCUGUUUCUGGAGCUAUGGUUCCUGCCAUGGAGGCUUCUCCGGCAGCUUUACCCGUCUCUGCCCUGAAUGCUGCUACUUUGCCUGUUUCUGGAGCUAUGGUUCCUGCCAUGGAGGCUUCUCCGGCAGCUUUACCCGUCUCUGCUCUGAAUCGUGCUACUUUGCCUGUUUCUGUAGCUAUGGUUCCUACCAUUGAGGCUUCUGCGGAAGCUUUACCCGUCUCUGCCCUGAAUGCUGCUACUUUGCCUGUUUCUGUAGCUACGGUUUUUGCCAUGGAUUCUUCUUCGGCAGCUUUACCCGUCUCUACUCUGAAUUCUGAUACUUUGGCUUCCAAUGCCACCGAGCCUGCACCCCCGACCGUCGCAGCUGCUUCACCUGUUGCUGGAACAGCCAUUCUUGCCACAGGAUCUGCUUCAGCAGCUUUACCCAACUCUGCUUCAGCUCCAACAAAUAACCCUGUCAUCAUUGGACCAGAAGAGAAUCCAAAGAAGGCAAAAGCUAGUAAGUCUAAAAAAGCACGGAAGAAGGCUGCUGCACGAAGCGAUGACUUGGAGACAAAGAGAAGAAAAGUUUUGGAGGGAGGAGCUGCAGCUGAUUGUGUUCGCUUGUGCAGCAUUUGUAAUGUGGUGUGCAACAGCGACACCGUAUAUAACUAUCACAUUGCAGGCCAAAAACACGCGCUGAUGGUGAAGAAGAUCGCAUCAUCCGGUGGAGUUGCUUCGGCCUCCUCGUGAACGACUUAACAUGGCCUCCUGGUACACACUUGCUGAAACCGAAUUGUAGAUCAUGUUUGAAUACUAUGAACUAAACUUCUGA